GGGACGGACGCGCUGGAGAACUCGCCCGCUCGCGGCCGGCCGCGCUCAGCCCGCGCUCGCCGGCGGCCCCGGGGCGGCGGCAGCGGCGGGGCCAGCAUGUCAGCGGCCGCCGUGGCGUGCCUGGACUACUUCGCGGCCGAAUGCCUGGUGUCCAUGUCCGCGGGCGCCGUGGUCCACCGCCUCCCGCCGCAGGACCCCGAGGGCGCGGGGGAAGCCGCGGGCUCCGAGGUGGGUGCGGCGGCGCCGCCGGAGUCCGCUCUGCCUGCGGGCGCGGGACCACCGCCGGGACCCGCGGCGGCGGCGGUGCCCCUGCCUCUCCAGGUCCCCGCCCCCGGCCCCGGCGCGUGCGGCGCCGCGCCCCACCUGCUGGCAGCGAGCGUCCUGGCCGACUUGAGCGCCGGCGCCGGGGAGGGCUUCGGGGAGCCCUCGGGGGAGGCUCUGCGCGCCUCGCCCGGCAUCCUCGACCCCGGCCCGUGCACCGGGCCCACCCCGUGCCUCGAGCCGGCCCUGGCCCCCGACCCGGACGAAGAUUCCUGGCCCGAGGACCUCACCGGCGCGCUCGAGAUCGUAGAGGCACCUGAGGACUCCGGAUCGCCCGCCAGCCUGGAGGGGGCCUCCGGGGCGACCCCUGGCGUGCGCCCGGGCCCUGCCGCGGCCCCGGGGCCCCGCCGACGGCAGGUGACACCCGCAGCCAAGCGCCAUCGCUGCCCCUUCCCGGGCUGCAACAAAGCUUAUUACAAGUCGUCACAUCUGAAGUCCCACCAGCGCACCCACACGGGGGAACGCCCCUUCUCCUGUGACUGGCUCGACUGCGACAAGAAGUUCACGCGCUCCGACGAGCUGGCCCGCCACUACCGGACACACACUGGCGAGAAGCGCUUCUCCUGCCCGCUCUGCCCGAAGCAGUUCUCCCGCAGCGACCACCUGACCAAGCAUGCCCGCCGCCACCCCGCCUACCACCCCGACAUGAUCGAGUACCGGGGGCGCCGCCGCAACCCCCGCGUCCACGCGCAGCCUGCCAGCUUGGUGGACAGCUCCGGCUCCGCGCCCGACGAGGAGUCCAGCCUUACCGCAAGCCUGUCCGACGGUCACUGCUGCUAGUCGUCGUCCCCCAGCGCAGGGACGACCUCCCCCAGCCAUACUACCCCUGCCUUCUUUUCUGCCCAACCUUCUUUCCCGGUGUCAUUCUGCCGAGGCACGCAGACUGGUUCCUCUGCUCCGAGGCUGGGUCCAGACUGGCAUGUUGGACCCUGGGGAGGGACUGGGGGCCUGAACGUAGCAGGAGUUCUUUCGAGACUCGAGACUCGUAGAUCCUCCUGAGAGGGUGGAGGGUUGCCUCAAAGACAACCCUUAGGAACGGAUGAUGAGAAGGAAUGAACAGUCAACCCCCCGUUACUCUCCAGAGUCCUGAAGAUGAUUCUCCUCCCUUCCCUGGAAGCAGAGAUGUGAAACUGGAAUGCUCAGGUGCCUGAGGAGCUCCUGGUCUCCAAGGACUCUGGUGUCUUAUCCGCCCACCAGGGUGGACCUGGAGGAGUGGUAUUAGGUCUUGGGAGUGUCCAGGACUACUGGGAUGGUUGAGAGGCCUUUGGAAACAGAAAUGGUUUCUAUUUCUGUAAACAGCGAUGUUUACUAAUUUAUUUUUAGUGUCUUUUAAACAGGGAUUCCCCAGGUUGAUGGGAGGUUGAAGUCCUCCGCGCCCCAGUUGCCCCAGCUUCCUCUGGUAGGCGAGACCAUGCUAGAGUCCACGCGGAGGUGUGUGGCUGGGAGAUGCUUCUCGGUGUCUGGGGAAUGGUGCGAGUCUGCUUUGCAGGUCCUGUUGCUUGGUUUAGAACCCCGCACUUUUGUAGUAGCCUUUCUUCCCGUGUGGAUUCCUAGGUGGGGAGGGUGACUUCUUGGCUCACCCCCGGGUGAGAUUGGUUUAAAAUUUUGGAAGCAACCAUAAAAAGCACCAGAAAUGAAGGGGCGGUGGUCCAGGCCAGUUCGCCCUUCUCCCAGAGGGUGAACCCAAGUGGCUUUGGGUGAGAAAGAUCCAAAAACAACUUUCAGGGAAAUAGUGCGUGUGGUUCUGGCUGCCCACUCCGAGGAAUCUCAGGUGUGGUAGGUUCUGUUCAUUUCGUAAUGGCGAACGAGGGGGUUCUUUUUCUUUUGGGAUCUGUGCAUUUUUGGUUCAGCAACAGUGCGUUGGUAGUUUGAGGAGGGGAAGGAAGGUGAGAGUGGCUUCUUCCAAAGAGCUGGCUGCCCUGGAUUUGGGGGAAGGAAAUGCCAGGUGAAAGCUAUUAUCCAAUAAAAGGACCCUUUCCCCACCCCCUCCCGGACCCUUGAAGUUAUACCCUCAGGACCCCUCUUUCCUAGUGCAGACGUGAGCAUCAACAGUAUUUAUUUUUUCUAAGUGUAUCUCUGCUGCUAUGAUGAAAUUGUCUGCCACUUUGCUUCUGUGUAUGUGAAUGUGUAUACGUGUGACCCUUUCGUUAGAGACGGGGCUGGAAGGCAGUUCCUGCUCUGGUAAGGUUCUCCUCGGCCCCCUCCUGAAAGUCUUGUAAUAGUCUGUGAGUCACGCUUUGUGGAGGAUGCCUUAAUCUCAAAGAACUGUAACCGGCAUCUCGUUGACAAACUGCUUUCCGCUCGUUUGCAGAUGAAGACACUGAAACCUAGCUAGAUAAGCUUAAAGUCACGUGCUAAGUUGCUGGCAAAAGCCAUGGCUAGACGUUAGGUACCUGCUUUCUAAGUGAUUCCCCUCAGGCUUGGUUGUCCUAUCUGCUUUCUCUCUGGGGGUCAGUGGAACCCCUCCCUCCUUUCCUGCCACCAGAUCCCCUCUUUCCCGAUUCUCUAUCGUUUCUGUGUUCCUUCAAGUGUUUGGUCCCCGCUGAAUUCUUUGCUUGUUGUGUUUAACCCGAAAGCCCUUUCCUUAGCAGGUUGAGUUCAUUUCCUCCUUCCACAUCAUGUGGACGUAGAGUGGGAAUGACUCUGACGUCUUGGGAGAUAUUUUAUCUGUUGAUCCGGCAGGUUACUUUUCAAUGUCAAUUCUAUUCUAUUCUCUUUCUGGUUGUGGGUGUUCCAGCAUCCUCAAGAGAGUGAGCGAUAUGAACCUGACAUUGGGACUCUACUAAGUGCUCAUGUACUAAGCGAGGGAAAGGUCCUUAAGAAGGAUGCAGAGGCUGUGGCCUGUGACUCUGAAGAUGCUUAUUGUUUCCUGAUGUGGACUCAGCAGGGAAGGUGGCUCUCUCCUUGGGUUACAUCUGGGAAAAGGAGGCUCCCAAUUGUGGAGGUGGGUUUGGUGGUGGGAAGAGUCCUCCCUUUGCUCUGUUUGUCUCCUCAGCUGGAACUGGGUAGGAAGGGCGAUCCAGGCCCCUUGAGGACUAUGAUUUUCCCUUUCAGUAGAAGAUCUGCCAUUGGGUAGGUGGACCAAUGAAGUUAACAGGAGAGACUCCCACUGACUGUUCUGGAAUCUGGCUCAAAAAGUUUGGCUUUUCCGACUACCCUUUGAUAAAUAACUUUUCAUUCUCAA